AAGGUGGGACAUAAAUGACGUAAUUGUACCAGGUAAGGAAGUAUACUAUCAAAAGACAAGGACAGGCCACCCAAAAGAAACUCCUUCCUUCCUGCUAAGGAGCUGCUCAGCUGGGGCUAAUGGCCCAGGCUUUUAACACAAGAGUAAGGAGCAUGCAGAUUUCAAAAUGCUGCUGUCCUUCAAAUCCCAUGAGCUGCAACCAGCAUGGGUACUGGCUUUGGGCAUUGGAGAGUUGUACUCCACUAUCAUCUUGAGGACCAAAGGCUCUCUGCCCCAGUUCUGGCAGCUUAUGCAUUGAGUCAAAGGGGUUGAAGGAGGAGGCCCUUCCUUCAGUUAUUUUGGCCUUCAGGGGAGCUGAGGAACUCAGAGAAACUUGGCUCCCUUCUCCACACAGAAAACGGUGAUCCACUUGGCACUAGGACCCCGCUCCAGUCAAGAAGUAUGCACCUGCGCACUGACAAACUGCAGCAUUUCAGAAUUCCAGCCGUAGUUGAAAAAGCCUCGCUGUGGGAGCAAAGCUGCAGCUGCUGCAAGAACAUGCGGAGACCGUUUGACAGAGAUGUUGUACGAAACCAUUCUUCUUUCUUCUCUAUCUUUCUCUUUUACAGCUCAACAACAGAAACUGUAGAUCAAUAUAUCCUGCUUCAUUGAAAAGGUAACCAUAGCAACACAUGGAGGAGCUGAGGAUGCUGCUGUCUGGUAACAGAAGGAGCUGGGACGAGAGAAGUGAGGGCAGCUGCAGUUCCUGCCACCCAAGAACCAGCCCUGCGCCCCUGGAAGGGCUGACCUCCAGCUGAGCUCUCUUUCUACCAAGGGCUGGCCUUGCCCAUCAGGCCAAAGCACAGAAUUGCCCAGUCACAACCAGCCACAAAAGGAAGCUUCUAAAGGAUCACCCACUUCAGUUAAGUUUGUCCAAUGGCAGAAAGAAACACCCCAGUCUCAGCAGACGCUAGGCACUCAGCCAACAACACGCCACAGCUCUGGUAGCCAGCAUGUUAGACAAAGGAGCGGCACUGAGGCACCAAGCCCGAUUCUCUCUUCAUGAGCUACAGGACAUGUCUAGUAUGCAGCAGCUCUGAAGAAAAUAAUCAGACGGAUCUGUUUGUUAAAGAAAACUUCAUGGAAGGCAGCACAGGCCAUAUCCCCCUUGCACUCUGGACAAGGACAUGCUGUUCAGCUACAGAUGUGCACCAUCCAUGGUUUCCUUCCAGCCACUGCUAAAGAUUCCCAGGAAAGGAUUCACCCGGAUACUCCUCGCCCCAACAUCCAAAACCAGGAGGGCUGGCAGCUCCUCACCUACAACCCAACCAGCUCUCAUGAAAAGCAAGACUGCACACUUGCAUCACCUGCACAAUUAUGCCCAGGAAGAAAAUCCACCGGUCGCUCCAGAAGCUCUGCCUGGAGAACAUCGCUGGGAACAUGCAGCGCAUCUGGGCCAAGGAUUACACAGACAACUACCUGGAUGAAUACCAGUUCCGCUACAUCCAGGGGCCCUUCAGCGAACUGGAAUUUGACCUCGCUGAAUCUCCACGGCUGCAGCCGGGUUCCCACAGAUGCUCUGGUGGACCUCAUUGAAGGCUUGCUAGGUCUCACCAUGCUGGACCUUUCAGGGACCCAGUGCAACACACAGGUCCUGUCUGCCGUAGGCUCCACCUGCCGCAGGCUUCGAGAGCUGGACAUCUCCGACUGCAAGAAACUCUCUCCAGCCUCCCUCUUCCAUCUAGCCUACGAUCCCAUAGCCAGCGCCUUCUGUUGCCCAGCCUUGCAGACACUGGAGGUUGACGGUAUGGAGAGCAGCCCGCGCUGUGAUGACCUGCCCUGGGCCUUGGCCUACUUGCUGCUGGCUCUGCCCAAUCUGAUUGUCUUGGAGAAUGAGACUACCACAGACGCCGUGUGCCUCAUCCAUGACCGGGACUUCAGUGGUGCCCAGGUUCCUCCUGGUUUUCCCACUAUGGAGGAAGUGGUGAAGCGCUGGGUUUCUCUGCACCCGAGCAGGUCCCCCUCCCAGCUCAAGCUGCCUCUGAAAAAACUCCUGGAAGUGAGCGAGUCCUAUUUGUCCGUUGUCCUUGCUGUUUGCCCACACUUGGCAAAGGUAACGGUGAAUCUGGAGGAGAGCUCAGUCCUGGCCCGGCGGUUGCUUCCCUGGGGCUCCCUCACCAGCCUCAGCCUGGACUGCAACUUUCGGCGUCUGGAGGAGUUGCUUCCUGUCACGGCACGCCUGGGGACCCAGCUGGAGACCCUCUCUCUGGACGGCUUCUCCUUGGACGAUGAGGUGUCCCUCCAUGUCCUCUUGAGCCACUGCCCAAACCUCCAGAUAUUCAGUGCUUCCCUCUACCACUUGAAGAAAGACAGCCCUGGUGAAGAAGCCUUGGCCCAAGUUGCUAGCCUGCCCCCCUUUUCGUUCCUCCAGCUUCAGGAGUUCACCCUGACCUUUUCCGACGUGUUUGAUGCUAAGGAUCCUCCAGAGGCCCUGGGCUUGACGGCCAGCCUGGUCUCCCUGCUAAAGGGCUCUCCUCGCUUGCAGAUUGUGAUGCUGAUUGGCCUGCCCUUCUCCCUGGACAGGGUCUUCGAGGAAGUGCUGGGCCCCCCUGGCACCACUGCGGUCUUCCUCCACCUCAUCGAAUUAUCGCUGAUUGAGUGCAAAGUCUCCAGCAGUACUAUCCACCAGAUCCUUUCCCUGGAGAACCCGCUCAACUCCCUUGAUUUGGACCGCUGCCCAGACAUCUACCGGAAGGAUUAUGAAGAGCUGCUCCGGCGGGUCAGCAGGGAAGGCCUGGAGAUGCGCAUUGAGUGGAAGUGAGGAGCCUUCCACCCCAGACUCAAACUCAAACUGUGCCUUGGCCCCCAGCAGCUGGCCCUGCUGCUGCUGCUGUAAUAAAAAUUGGACUUCGUAGUAGUCAUGGGCCCGAUUACUGUCUCUUCCAUUUAAUUUGUGUUUUCGUACCAUUUUGUUCAUGCACAAAAUGGUCCACCUCCCUCCAAAACAGAAAUAUCAGUGAAACAAAAAGAAAGUGGGAAUGGUAACCGUUUGGUUGGUUGAUUUUCGGUGCUCUGCUGCAGGCCCUGGCAGACACAGGCACUUUGAGCCUUCUCGCCACACAUGCACUCUCUUUCCAAGGCAGGGCCUACAGCCUUUCAGGGCCUACAGCCAAGCGCCUCUCACUUGGCGCACCUGGAUGCAGGCCCUGGCGCUUUGCUGCCAAUGGGCCGGAAAAAAAAUGUUUUUUCAGACCUUGGACAGAAAAGCCCAUUUGGAAAGCCUCUUGUUUUCGGGAGAGGUGGUUGAAAACUAAAACGAGGCCUUACGAAUGAAACAAACAGGAAUGGAUAGUGAUUCUAUUCGAAUGCGCAAGACUACUGCGUAGUCCAAGGGCGACCUCUGAAUGGCGCUAGCUCCAAAGGAAGAAAAGGUGUGACUUUGAAAGGGCAAUGAACGGUGAAGAGUUGCAGAAAGGUUAAAGCUUGCUUUCCUCCUGUAUGUUUUGCCCAUGUUGGCAGUGCCAUUGUUGGAAACCAGACCACCAGGUUAGAACUACAAGCCAAUUUUAUGAGCUGAGCCUGGCUGCAUUCCCAGACUUUAUUUGACCCUUAUGCCCCACAUCCCUGCUAUGGGACCACGUUGUUGGUUGUCAGUUUGUGCCAUAGAUGAUUUCUAAAGGAGGAACGCAUCCCAGUCCUUGAGCUGAAAGACUGCAUCAGGGCUUUAGUUGCAGGGAGCAAAAUGCAGACAUCACUCCCUAUAUAAGAAUUCCACUCCCUGUGAAAUAGUCUUUUGCUUCCCAAUUUCUGCACUCAUUUCAAAUCUCAGUAGAGCCUCAGCAAAGGGGUUGGCAAGGAGGACCAGCAACUGGUAAUACUGAAAAGGGAAGUGUUCUAGAUGAGAACGGGUAUCAUGUGUCUCACUCUCUGUGAUGUUAGAAAUUUGGGGACUGGAGGAAAGUUUCAUGUUGUGGGACAGAGUUUGUACUUGGGGCACAAUGCUCCUGCAGCUACCCUCCUGGGUUCCCAACAUCCUCAUCCAACAGGUGCUUCAGCUGGGCUCCAGGGUAGACAAUGGGCCCCUAACGCAUGCAGGGCAGAAGUAACUUGGGGAAACAGACGUGGCUGGUGGGGACUGUAACCCCUCCCAGUAGCUAGGAGAACCGUGCCAACAGGUUGAGGAGAGGGAGCCUUAUUAAUGCACACUCUUUCUCAGCCUUCAACUGCAGAAUGAAAGGGUAAAUCAAAACAUACAGGUAAAUCAAGGGUGAACUGUGGAAACAAAAGUAUAACAUAAGACACAACACUAAAAUUUAUAUGAAUAUAUUUUUGUAAAAAACUUUUAUGUAUUCUUGAAUAAAGUCUUUUUGUAUCA